AUGGCCCAGGAGAUAGAGAUGAAGGUGUUAUCUUUCCAGACCAAUGGAGCUCCCCACAAAAGACCUAGCAGCCUUCACCCCCGCUGGCAGCGUGAAAGUGUCUACCUCACUGUAUCCCUGCAGCGCUGCUCUUUUUCUUUCUUUCUAAAAAGCUCAUUUUACAGGACCUGGAAGAGAAUCUUCUGUUGGCUGAUCCUCCUUGCGCUGGGCCUCCUAGGGCUGCUCCAGUAUGGGCACCCUAUAGUCAGGCAUCUGGAAGCCCUCAUCCCCAUGGGCGUCUGCCCCUCUGCCAGAAUGGCCCUGCUGAGAGACAACUUCACCGGUCUCCUGAAUCCCUGGGCCCGGCCUGAUGUCCUGACCUGUACCUCCUGGGGGGCCCCCAUUAUUUGGGAUGGCACCUUCGACCCAGCUGCAGCCCAGCAAAAGGCUCUACAACAGAACCUCACCAUUGGUCUGACUGUCUUUGCUGUAGGCAGGUACCUGGAGAAGUACCUGGCGCGCUUUCUGGAGACGGCCGAGCGGCACUUCAUGCUGGGCCAGCGCGUGGUGUACUACGUGUUCACCGAGCGCCCGGCCGCCGUGCCCCGCGUGGCGCUGGCGCCCGGCCGCCGGCUGCGCGUGGUGCGCGUGGCCCGCGAGCGGCGCUGGCAGGACGUGUCCAUGCAGCGUAUGCACACGCUGCACGAGGCGCUGGGCGGGCAGCUGGGCCGCGAGGCGCACUUCGUGCUCUGCAUGGACGUGGACCAGCACUUCCGCGGCGCCUUCGGGCCCGAAGUGCUGGCCGAGUCGGUGGCGCAGCUGCACUCCUGGCACUACCACUGGCCGCGGCGGCUGCUGCCCUACGAGCGCGACGCGCGCUCCGCUGCCGCGCUGGUGCCGGGCGACGGCGACUUCUACUACCACGCGGCGGUGUUCGGGGGCAGCGUGGCGGCGCUGCGCGGAUUGACGUCACACUGCGCGCGGGGUAUGCAGCGGGACCGCGAGCGCGGCCUGGAGGCGCGCUGGCACGACGAGAGCCACCUCAACAAGUUCUUCUGGCUGCACAAGCCCGCCAAGGUGCUGUCGCCCGAGUUCUGCUGGAGCCCCGAGAUCGGCCGCCGGGCCGAGAUCCGCCGACCGCGCCUUCUCUGGGCGCCCAAGGAGUACGCCGUGCUGCGCGACUAG